AUACCCAAAUUCGACGAUCGAUUUGCACGUCAGAACCGCUGCGAGCCUCCACCAGAGUUUCCUCUGGCUUCACCCUAUUCAGGCAUAGUUCACCAUCUUUCGGGUCCCCACAUUUACGCUCUUACUCAAAUCCAUCCGAAGACAUCAGGAUCGGUCGAUGGUGCGCCCCACGAGGGGGCUCCCACCUCCGUUCGCUUUCACUUCGCGCACGGGUUUGACACCCGAACACUCGCCGUCCGAGCCGAAGCGCGUUCCUCGGUCCGGGCUGGCCGCAUUGCACCCCUGGCUAUAAGGUGCCCCGGAGGGCACUACAUUCCAGGGGCCUUUGACCGGCCGCCCAAACCGACGCUGGCCCGCCCACGGGGAAGUACACCGGCACGAAUGCCGGCUGAACCCCGCGGGCGAGUCUGGUCGCAAGCGCUUCCCUUUCAACAAUUUCACGUGCUGUUUAACUCUCUUUUCAAAGUGCUUUUCAUCUUUCGAUCACUCUACUUGUGCGCUAUCGGUCUCCGGCCAGUAUUUAGCUUUAGAUGAAAUUUACCACCCAUUUAGAGCUGCAUUCCCAAACAACUCGAC